AUGUAUUUUUCGUUCCUCAGAAAAUACCUUAUAAAAAUAAAAGAAGACUUAUAUCUGAUCGACUCAGAUUUUGGUUGGCUGACUGGAGGCUUCGACAGGGCUUUCAAUAAUAAAAAUGAAGAUGUGUUGUCAGUCGUGACAUAUUGUAGUUGUCAUGAUUCUAACUGUCCAUAUUUCUCCGAGCCAGAUCUUCCCCUCCGUAAUAUUGAUGUUAAGUUCUUAUGGGCGCUUGAGAGUAUUGGCAUCACGGACUCACCGAAGACAACAAAGGAAGAAGAAGCAGUUCACCAUUUUAACGAAAAUGUCAAGUACCAAGAAGGAAGAUAUCAAGUUAAGUGGCCGUGGAUACAAUAUCCUCCGGAAUUGCCCACAAAUUACGGACUCGCGCUUGGAAGGUUGAAAAGCUUAAUAAAACGUUCUGAUGAAGAAACUCUCGACAACUAUAAAGAAAUCCUAAAAGAACAGUUAGAAGCUAAGGUGAUUGAGAUAGUCCAGCCUUCACCUUUUCACGAACUGACACAUCCAGUUCAUUUCUUGCCUCAUCAUAUUGUAAAUCAAAAGGGAAAGAGAGGGCGUAUAGUGUAUGACGCGUCAUCAAAAAUUAAGAAUGAAAAAAGCCUUAAUGAAUGUCUGUAUGGUGGCCCAUCUAUGUUGGAAGAUCUUACGGGACUAAUCUUCAAUUUCAGAACAGGAAAGAUAGGCAUAACAGCUGAUGUGGAACGAGCUUUCCUCCAAGUGGGACUUCAAACAGAAGAUAGAGACGUUACCAGAUUUCUUUGGGUGAAAGAUCCCUCGAAGGAAGUAACAGAAGACAAUAUAGUACAGUAUCGUUUUUGUCGUGUCCCAUUUGGAAUUAUAUCCAGUCCUUUUUUAUUGACAGCGACGAUCAGACAUCAUAUUUCAAAGACAGAAAAUUCCCUACUAUCAAAAAUAGCAGACAGAUGUUAUGUGGAUAAUUUGGUAACGUCAGCUGGUUCCAACAAGGAAGCUCUACAACUGUACAAGGAUACAAACCGCAUAUUCCAGGAACUAGGUAUGAAUAUUAGAGACUGGAUGUCUAAUGACAAAGACUUUAUUGAGCAAAUUCCUUUAACUCAGAGAGAAAAACGGACAGAUAAGAUGAAGAUUCUCGGCUUAUUAUGGAAUAUAAAGAAUGACACCCUACAACUCAAUAUAGAUCCAGAAAUUUUUAUCACUGAGUCAAGAGGAAUCACGAAGAAAGGAGUGCUCAAAGUAUUAGCACGUUUAUAUGACCCCUGUGGUUUUGCAUCACCUUUAAUACUUCCUGGAAAGUUAUUAUUCCAGGAACUCUGCAAAAGAAAACUGAAAUGGGAAGAUACACUGCCUGAUGAUAUGCAGACGUUAUGGGAAAACAUAGUUAAAAACCUAGCUGCUAUAAAAGACAUAGAAGUUCAAAGAUACGUCGGAGAUACAUGCGAACAAACAGGAAAGAUCAUACGAUAUGAACUACAUGGUUUUACAGAUGCGUCUAUGAAUUCAUAUGCAGCGAUUGUAUAUUUGAGACUUAUAGGCGAAGACAAAACAGCAGUCACUUUCCUGAUGUCUAAGACGAGGAUCACACCAAUAGAAGACAAAAAUGAUUUGAAAAUCCCAAGACUUGAGUUGUUAUCCUUCUUGAUUGGUAGCAGGUUAAUGAAAUAUAUACAUGAUCAUAUAGAUAUAAAACUUUCAAGUUUGUAUCUAUGGUCUGACAGCCAAGUUGUCUUGGCAUGGAUGAAGACAAGCAAAUUACUGCCUCCAUUUGUAGCAAGGCGCGUUAAUGAAAUAAAACAAACCAGCCAUAUCCUGGGUAUAGAACUACGAUAUGUGGAUACAAAAAAUAACCCGGCAGAUAUAGCAACUAGACCAGAAUUAUGGCAAAAGAAACAAGAGUUAUGGUUUUAUGGACCAAAAUUCCUUACCAAAGAUGAAAAUCAUUGGCCUAAUGACACACAAACUAAUAAAGAGCUUUGCUUGGUUGGGAGGGCUCUAGAGAUAGUUGAUGGUCCAGAGAUGACUUCGAAGGGUUAUGAAAGUGAAGAAUUAGCCCUCACAACAGAAGAGCAAGAACUCACCGAGCAAUUGAAUGAGGAACCUUCAAAUAUUGAUAAUACAACUGGAAAUGAUAUCACUACAGACAACAUUAAGAGGAUUCAGAAAGAAUACCUUCCAAACGAAGUCAUGGGAAAAAGAACUAAUCUGUCGUUAGAUUUAGGAAUAUUCCGCGACGUAGAUGGAGUAUUGAGGAGCAAAGGACGUUUUGGGAAAGCAAAUUUGCCAUAUGAUAAGAAGUAUCCAAUAGUGAUCCCAAAACAAUCCUCUUUGGCAACCCAGAUUAUUAAAAGGACACAUGAAGAAAAUUAUCAUGUAGGUGUGCCCCACACCUUGAGUAUUAUAAGAGAAAAAUAUUGGAUACCCCAGGGACGUGCUCAAGUUCAGAAAGUUAUUAGAAGGUGCCCACAAUGCGUGAAGUAUGGUGGAGGCCCUUUUCAGUUACCACCAGCACCGGAGCUACCAAGUGCAAGAGUAAAUUAUAGCUCACCUUUCCAUUGUACCGGCUUAGACUAUCUAGGACCUGUCCUAGUAGAUACAGAUAAAGGAAAAGAAAAAAGGUGGAUAUGUCUAUUAACAUGUUUAGCAGUACGAGCUUUGCAUCUAGAAUUAGUUAAAGACUUAUCAGCGAAGGAGUGCUUACUAGCCAUUAGGAGAUUCACAGCUAUUAGGGGCAUACCGGACACCAUAAUCUCUGAUAACGCACUCCAAUUCAAACUGACCAGUGAAGUCCUGUCGUCAGAGUACUGUAUGAAUAAAGGUAUUAAAUGGAAAUUUAUAGCUCAGCUGGCACCUUGGCAGGGAGGCUUUUAUGAACGACUAGUAGCUUUAGUUAAGCACUGCUUGAAACGCACGUUGGACAAACAUCUGUUGACUGAGAACCAGAUGACAACGGUCCUUAAAGAGGUGGAAUCGGUGCUUAACACUAGACCGUUGACUGCAGUAGGUGCAGAGCCAGAAGAAGUACUGAAGCCAGCCGACUUCUUGACCCUUGGACAGUGCUUAGAUUUAAAUACAGAUUUACAAAUAAAUCAACAACUGACAAAUACAAAGGUUGACCUAGUGCAAAGUUGGAGAAGAGGUCAAAUGAUUCUUGAAGAAUAUAAAAGAAUGUUCAUUAACCAAUAUCUGCCAAGUCUUAGAGAGAGAUCCUUCCACACACACAAACAACCAAGAAUUAAAUCUAAAAAGGUACCUGAAAUAGGAGAUAUAGUUCAAAUCAGAGAUGAGUCCAAGAAUAGGACAAAUUGGAAAGUGGGAAAAAUUGUCUCUCUGAUUAAGGGCCAAGAUGGUGUUGUAAGAGUUGCUAGAGUCAAAGUUAAUGAUACGGAAUUCACACGAUCUCUUGGCCACCUGUACCCGUUAGAAGUAGACGAUGUUGAAGAAACAUGUAUACCAAAUAAAGAACUGCCUGAAAUGGUCAAUCAGGAAGAAAAUAAAGUAGUAAGAGUGGAAGAUACUUUAGACUCCAGUAAUGUUGAUGAAAUGCCUCAAGUGCCUGUAACGGACACAAGUACCCCGGAUAUACCUCCGGAUCAGAUAAUUGAUAACAAUAAUCCAGAAACCGUUCCUAGCGAUGAAUCAUUACCAUUACAAGAAAAUCCACUGACUCCUGUAGAAGAAACUUGCCCUACUCCGACAGACUUUGUUGAAGGUUCAGUAAUCGAAAGUCCUAGUAGAAAUGAGAAGAGAGACGCUGCCAUUAAAGCCAGAGAGAAGAUAGCGGAAUGGACGCGUCACCUGUUAACCGUCUUGUAA